CAGACCACCCCACCAUUGGCCUUUUGUUAUCAUCAUCUCACAGCAUGGCGGGACGGUCUACUGCGGACGAGGUAGACGACCUUGUCCAGGAGAUAAACCAACAUCCCGCAAGCAAUCCGACCAGCAAGACAGCACCAGCUAGCCAAGAGACACAAUCACUCAGAGCUCUUGCAGACACGCAGAGGUUUCUCGUUGAGAAUCAGGAGCUUUGCUCUAAGCUGGUGAGCAAGCUCUCGUCCUUGGUGCCUGAAGCCUUGAGAGAUUGGGAGGCAAUGAUCCAGGAGAAUCAAAUUCUUCGCCAGAAACUGCAGGCAAACAAGAUCCCCUUUGACGACCUUCCAGAUGUCAAACCUGAGAAGUUCACGCUGCCGGGUGCAUCUGAGCCAAAUUGUAGCUUUUCCACCUCAGAGCUCAUGACUGUGAGCGGCUCACACUUUCGGUCGGGCCGGAGGAAGAGCGCUUUGGGAAGCAUGCCAAAAAAGCGGAAGUCCUCCUUGGGCGAGGCUGCAGAGGACCCAGCGCUCAUGCUAGAGCAGUUGGAACGUGCCCUUCAAGUUUCUCCUACAAACUUGGCUGGGCAAGGGCAAGUCCGCCCCACGACACCUCAGAGCAAGGACAUGGCAGAGAUCACUGAGGAGAAAUUGGAAGAACGACACAAGAGAGAGCAGCAGAAGAAGGACAUGGAGAAGAUCAAACAUUGGAGCGCAAAGAAGAUGAGCAGAUCAAAGUCAACAGAUCAUCUCUCAAGUGCUUCAACAACGGACUUAGGGGAACUUACGCUGGACCAACAGGUUGAGGCCGAAGGCAAGGUCUUUGGAAGCCCAGAGGCCUUGAAGGAUGAAGUGCGCAAGGCUUUGCACAAAGAAGAGUUUAGUCUGGCAAAGUAUUACAAAACCACUGGAAUUGUGCAAAGAGUCGCGCGGAGUCAUUUGUUCGAGGUUUUUACCCUGGCCCUCAUUGGCGUCAACUGCCUUUGGAUGUCUGUGGAUGCUGACCUCAACACAGAAACGCUGCUUCCCAAUGCCCUUCCGAUCUUUCAGGUGGCCGAGAACUUGUUUUGCUUUGGAUUUACGCUGGAACUUUCAAUCCGCUUCUUCGCGCUGAAGCACAAAAGGAAAUGCUUGAAAGAUCCCUGGUUCAUCUUUGACUUGGUCUUGGUGGUCCUGAUGAUUAUCGAGGUCUGGGGAGUUUAUGUGGUCAUGCUUGUGGGCGGCGAAUCAGUCAGUGUUUUCCAGAACGCCACAAUUCUACGGAUUCUCAGAGUGCUGAGGCUGCUUCGGACAGCACGCAUGGGAAAGAUCCUGCGGACCAUGCCCGAACUGAUGCUGUUGAUCAAGGGCAUCUAUGUUGCAACACGAUCGGUCUUCUUCACCUUGGCAUUGCUUGGAAUUUUUAUAUAUGUCUUCUCCAUAAUCUUCAUGCAGUUGACCAGAGACUCCGUGUGGUUGAAGAAUGAGUACUUCAACGGGUUUGGCGACACGAUGCUCACGCUCCUGCUAGACGCAGUCCUUCCGGAUCUCAGCGGCUUCAUACGUAACCUGGCCGAACAUGGUGGAGACACAGGGUGGCUCAUCGCAACUCUGAUGAUGUUCUUCGUCCUGUUGGGCUCCGUCACGGUCAUGAAUAUGCUUGUCGGUGUGCUGGUCGAGGUGAUUAAAACCGUCUCGGAGAUCGAGCGCGAACAGCUGGAAGUGAGCUUUGUCAAGAAGAUCUUCUCGGACAUGAUCACUAAGAUGAAUCUCGACGCAGACGGUGACAACAGGAUCUCAAAAGAAGAGUUUGAUACCCUACUCUCCAAGCCAGAAGCUGCCAAAGCUCUUAUGAACAUUGGGGUGGACGUGGUUGGCCUGGUGGAUUAUCGAGAUGUGCUCUUCGGAAAUGAGGGCAGCAUGGAGUUGUCCUUUGCAGAGUUUAUGGAAGCCAUUUUGGAGUUGAGAGGUACGAACAAUGCCAAAGUCAAAGACAUUGUCGACCUUCGGAAAUUCGUCUCGCAGGAAACCGGGGCAAUCUACGAACUUGUGGCCACCGUGACGAAUCAGGAUGAUGAGAGCAGCCUGGCCUCGUCAUCGCGCUCCCGCUCACGCUCGCAUUCCAAACACGGACAGGAGAGAUACGAGGAGAGACUAUCUUCGAAGAUUGCUGAAGAGUGCUGAGAAGGGCUGAGUGAUAGAGUAUGUACCUGUGUGCUGCGCCCAGACCCAAC